GAACUCUAUGCCCAGCUGAAGGUAAAUGAGGAAAUCUACAGCCAGCUCCUGGCGAAGGGAAGGCUGAUGCUUCUGAGCCAUGAUGAUUCUGGAUCUGGAUCAAAGAUGGAGCAAAGUGUGGCACUCUUGGAACAGAAAUGGGUCCUGGUCAGCACAAAGAUGGAAGAGCGGAAGUCCAAGCUGGAAGAGGCCCUCAACCUGGCAACCGAAUUCCAGAAUUCCCUGCAGGACUUCAUCAACUGGCUGACCCUUGGGGAGCAGAGUCUGAACGUUGCUUCUCCUCCCAGCCUCAUCCUUAACACUGUGCUCUCCCAAGUAGAAGAACACAAGGGUUUUGCUAAUGAAGUCAAUGCUCACCGGCAUCAGAUCAUUGCUCUGGACCAAAGUGGAAACCAGCUGAAGUUUCUGAGCCAGAAGCAGGAUGUGGUCCUGAUCAAGAACCUCCUGGUCAGCGUGCAGUCUCGCUGGGAGAAAGUUGUCCAGCGGUCAGUUGAAAGGGGGCGGGCUCUAGAUGAUGCCAGGAAGCGGGCAAAACAGUUCCAUGAGGCUUGGAAAAAGUUGGUGGAUUGGUUGGACGAUGCUGAAAAUCAUCUAAAUUCUGAGCUGGAAAUUUCCAACGAUCCAGACAAAAUCAAAUUGCAGCUUUCCAAGCAUAAGGAGUUCCAGAAAACCCUGGGGGGCAAACAGCCUGUUUAUGACACCACCAUCCGCACCGGAAGAGCCUUGAAAGAGAAAGCUCACUUCCCCGAUGACACCCAAAACCUGGAUCACCUCCUAGGGGAAGUCCGGGAUAAAUGGGACACAGUUUGUGGCAAAUCUGUGGAGCGCCAGCACAAACUGGAAGAGGCGCUUCUCUUCUCUGGGCAGUUUAUGGAUGCACUGCAGGCCUUGGUGGACUGGCUCUACAAAGUGGAGCCCCAGUUGGCUGAAGACCAGCCUGUCCACGGGGAUCUGGAUCUGGUCAUGAAUUUAAUGGACGCUCACAAGGUUUUCCAGAAAGAGCUUGGCAAGCGGACGGGCACCAUCCAGGUUCUCAAGCGUUCAGGUCGUGAACUGAUUGAGAACAGCCGAGACGACACCACCUGGGUGAAAGUGCAGCUUCAGGAGCUGAGCAACCGUUGGGACACCGUCUGCAAGAUGUCCGUCUUGAAGCAGACACGGCUGGAACUGGCCUUAAAGCAGGCCGAGGAGUUCCGGGCAGCCAUCCACCAGCUGCUGGAGUGGCUCUCGGAGGCCGAGCAGACCCUCCGCUUCCGAGGAGCUUUGCCCGACGAUGCGGAAGCUCUGCAGUCACUCAUCGACGUACAUAAGGAGUUCAUGAAGAAGGUGGAGGAGAAAAGGCUGGACGUGAACUCAGCGGUGGGGAUGGGGGAGGCCAUCCUGUCUGUGUGCCACCCAGACUGCGUCACCACCAUAAAACACUGGAUCACCAUCAUGCGGGCUCGGUUCGAAGAGGUUCUCACCUGGGCAAAGCAGCACCAGCAGCGGCUUGAAGCGGCGCUUCUGGAACUCGUGGCCAACACGGAGCUCCUGGAAGAACUGCUGGCAUGGAUCCAGUGGGCGGAGGCCACGCUGAUCCAGCGGGACCAGGAGCCCCAGAAUAUCGAGCAGGUCAAAGCCCUCAUUGCAGAGCACCAGUCCUUCAUGGAAGAGAUGACCCGGAAGCAGCCAGAUGUGGACCGUGUCACCAAAACAUAUAAGAGGAAAACGACUGAGCCAACUCACGGCCCUUUCAUGGAAAAAUCCCGCAGCAACAGAAAGCCCUUGAACCAGGCAGCCCCUCCGCCCCUGCCAAUCCUAUCGCAGUCCGAAGCCAAGAACCCGCGCAUCAACCAGCUCUCCGCACGCUGGCAGCAGGUGUGGCUCCUGGCCCUGGAGCGGCAGCGCAAGCUCAAUGAUGCCCUGGACAGGCUAGAAGAGUUGAAAGAAUUUGCAAACUUUGACUUUGAUGUGUGGCGGAAGAAAUAUAUGCGCUGGAUGAACCACAAGAAAUCUCGUGUGAUGGACUUCUUCCGGCGGAUCGACAAAGACCAGGAUGGGAAGAUCACCCGGCAGGAGUUCAUUGAUGGGAUCCUGGCCUCUAAAUUCCCCACGACAAAGUUAGAAAUGACAGCUGUCGCCGAUAUCUUUGACCGGGAUGGGGAUGGCUAUAUUGAUUAUUAUGAGUUUGUAGCUGCUCUACACCCUAACAAAGAUGCUUACCGACCCACAACAGAUGCGGACAAAAUCGAGGAUGAGGUGACAAGGCAGGUGGCUCAGUGCAAAUGUGCCAAGCGAUUCCAAGUGGAGCAGAUUGGAGAGAACAAGUACCGGUUCUUCCUCGGCAACCAGUUUGGGGAUUCCCAGCAGCUGCGGCUGGUCCGUAUCCUGCGUAGUACCGUCAUGGUCCGUGUUGGCGGAGGAUGGAUGGCCCUGGACGAGUUCUUGGUGAAAAAUGAUCCUUGUCGAGUUCAUCAUCCUGGGAGUAAAAUCAAACGCUCCGACUCCAGCUCUUCGAUUGCCAGUCAUUCUCCGAUAGCUCGAGGCAGGACUAACCUUGAACUUCGAGAAAAAUUCAUUCUACCGGAGGGCGCAUCUCAGGGAAUGGCACCAUUCCGGUCCCGUGGCCGGAGGUCCAAGCCUUCCUCUCGGGCCGCCUCGCCCACACGGUCCAGUUCGAGCGCCAGCCAGAGCAAUCACAGCUGCCCCUCAGUGCCAUCCUCCCCUGCCACACCUGCCAGCGGGACCAAGACUCCACAUCACUUCACCCGUUGUUAUGACAAACCCUGGUUGGUAAACAGCAAGGCAGGUACCCCCCCGAGGGGCUGCGAUAAUGCCGACCUCCACCUGUCUGCUUCUGAGGUUGCUCCAUCCUCGGGCAGCAAGUUGAAACGGCCCACUUUCCACUCCAGCCGGACGUCUCUCGCUGGGGACACCAGUAACAGUUCCUCACCAGCUUCUUCCGGUGCCAAAACCAGUCGAGCCGAUCCUAAGAAAACGGCCAGCCGUCCCACCAGCCGUGCAGGCAGCCACGCAGGGAGCCGAACCAGCAGCCGGCGAGGCAGCGACGCCUCUGACUUUGAUCUGCUGGAGACGCAAUCGGCCUGUUCAGACACUUCGGAGAGCAGUGCAACAGGGGGACAGGGUGGCUCCCGGCGAGGCCUGACCAAGCCCUCCAAGAUCCCCACCAUGUCCAAGAAAACAAGCACUGCCAAAUCUCCUGGCCCCAAGAGAUAAUACAGCAUCCACACGAUGCCCAGCUUUGCACAGACAACGGAAACCUGUGUCCAGUUUUUAACCCUGCUUCACACAUUGGAUGUAUAUUUAUUCUACAUGGGAGAAAUUAUAUUGUUAAAAGUGUAAAAGAAAAUUGUGUUAUGAAGCUGCCUUAUUUGGUUCUCUCUUUUUUUUAUAGGUUCCUUUUUCAUGUGAAUAUUUAUGUAGAUAAAACUUGCCUUCUUUGCAAUGGGGGCCCAGGGGGAAAUCUGAAACAUGGGAGAGAAGCAAAAGGUCAAGAUGUGAAAAUGUAAAAACAAACAAAUGAUAUAAAUAGGAUUUCUGUGCAGUGCAGGAGAUGUUCCUGCAUUAUCUUUUAGGAUUGUUUCCUAAACGCAUCUUUAUAAAAAUUUAACGUGCUGUUUCAGCAAGAGAAAUUAUAUUUAAGAGCAACAUCUGAAGAUCCAACAUAAGAAAGGAACUUUAUUUUCUCUCUCUCUCCUUGUCAAUCACAGAUACCUCAAUAAGAGAGAAAUGCAUGGUGAGGGGGCUUGUUUCCAAUUUUAAAAAUAAAUUCCUAUGGUUUUACCUGAAGACAGCUUGAAAACGGACCUUUGCACAUGUUUCAUUUGAAUAAAGAACUUCACUACAAUGCUGUACUUUGCAAAAUGAAAAGCCCGUUAAGCUUUCAAAGAAUAAUAUUUGUAGGGGAAUUACAAGGGCAGAACCAUUGUAGGGAGGUAAAAUCGUGUGGUUUUAGCAGUGAGGGGGUGGGAGGAUCUUAAAUUUGCUUCUGUUUAGUCACAGGAUAACACAUUUCCAAAAGGCGAACCACGAGUGAAGGAGCUGACUUUAGGUUUUAGUUCACUGACUGCAAUUAGAUGGCUUUCUUAGGCUGGUCCGGGCCUGUCUGGCCAGCAGGAGCCCGGAGAGCCUCUGCUCUGGAGCAGCCAACUGCCUUCGAUACCGCCACCGUCACCACCACGUACUCUUGGGAAGGUGGAGGAGCAUCACCAGCAGACCCCCUGGCUCUGGACGCCCCCACUCUCCUUUGUGGAGGAAGAGAGACCCCCGUGCAAAAGGGGUUGGGGGCCACCUGGUCUUCCUGUAUUUAUUCACUUGUACUCUUGUCCCUGCUCAGACUGACCACUUUGCUGUGUGAUUCUCUCAGUUGGUUUAAUUGAGCCAGAACCAGAAGCUCUACCAAUGAAUUGUUUAAAAACAAACACAUGUUUUGUAUUAAAAUUGCUUGCAGUAAUAAAAGUGAAGCAAGGUGUCUCUUA